UCACAAAAUAUUCAGAACGUUAUCAUGAUUGACGAAUCAUGUCAAUUAUGGUUUAUCGUGUGAAAACCGAGUCCGAGCCUGUUCAAUUCGAUGCCUCGGAUGCCGAACCUCACCCUAUAUAUACUCAUUCCUUUCUGACAAGCACCGAUUUCUAACCCGAUUGUACUUAAUUGUAGAAUAUCGAAGAAAAUCACACCCGCAGGGGAAAUAGAGGGAGUAAGUAUGAAUCUGACCGCUUGGUUUGCCACCGAAUUGCAUUAAUUGAAUUGGGUCGUAAUUAGUUUUCCCUUUCAUUGCUACCCGUUUCUGUUUGAGCUGUAAAAAUAUUCAGUUACAGGGUUGUGGCACUGGUUGAUUCAGAGUUGAAAAUUUCUGUUUGGAUUCAAUCGAAAAUUUUAGUGCGGCGUUCAUAUUUUUUCGCAGUCAAUGAGUAUGAUGUGUUAAGUGUCCUUUCGAACAAGGAGCAGUGAAGGUGCAGGUGGAUCUGAGGUGGGUUUGAAGGGAUUGUACUAGAGUUAGAGCUACUAUGAGCAUACAGAAUUUAAAGGCGCGGGUGGGCAAAUAUGAGGUGGGAAGAACCCUCGGGGAGGGCACUUUUGCCAAGGUGAAAUUCGCCCGGAAUUCUGAGACUGGUGACAGCGUAGCGAUCAAGGUGCUCGACAAGGAAAAAGUGCUCAAGCACAAGAUGGUAGAACAGAUAAAGCGGGAGAUAUCUACAAUGAAAUUGAUCAAGCAUCCAAAUGUAGUUCAGCUGUAUGAGGUCAUGGCCAGUAAGACAAAAAUCUACAUUGUUCUUGAGUUUGUAUCUGGAGGCGAACUCUUCGACAAAAUUGUUAACCAUGGAAGAUUGAGGGAAGAUGAAGCAAGGAGAUACUUCCAGCAACUUAUUAACGCUGUUGAUUAUUGCCACAGUAGAGGUGUUUACCAUAGAGAUUUGAAGCCUGAAAAUUUGCUUCUGGACACAUACGGGAAUUUGAAAAUAUCUGAUUUUGGCCUUAGUGCAUUGUCUCAGCAAGUCAGGGAUGAUGGUUUGCUUCACACCACUUGUGGAACUCCGAACUAUGUUGCCCCUGAAGUCAUCAAUGAUAAGGGUUAUGAUGGGGCGACAGCAGACUUGUGGUCAUGUGGUGUUAUCCUGUUUGUUUUGAUGGCAGGGUAUUUGCCUUUUGACGAUCCAAAUCUCAUGACAUUAUAUAAAAAGAUUUACAAAGCAGAUUUCACAUGUCCUGCAUGGUUUUCUACAAGUGCAAAGAAAUUUAUCACAAGAAUUUUAGAUCCUAAUCCUAAGACACGAAUUACAAUACCUGAGAUCUUAGAAAAUGAUUGGUUUAAGAAAGGUUAUAAGCCGCCUAAGUUUAAAGAGGAAGAGGAUGUAAAUCUGGAUGAUGUUGAUGCCGUUUUCAAUGACUCAGAAGAACAUCUUGUGACAGAGAAAAAGGAAAAAACGCCAGCAGCAAUGAAUGCAUUUGAACUUAUCUCCAUGUCACAGGGACUCAAUCUUGGUAAUCUGUUUGAGAAGAAGUUGGGCAUGGUUAAGCGAGAAACAAGGUUUACAUCUAAAUGCCCUGCAAAUGAGAUAGUAUCAAAACUUGAGGAAGCUGCAAAGCCUCUAGGCUUCAAUGUCCAAAAACGAAAUUACAAGAUGAAAAUGCAAGGUUCGAAGACUGGACGAAAGGGUCAUUUGAAUGUUGCUACAGAGGUGUUUGAAGUAGCUCCUUCUCUUUACAUGGUUGAGGUCCGCAAGGCUGGAGGUGAUACUUUGGAAUUUCACAAGUUUUAUAAGAACCUUUCAACAGGCCUAAAAGAUGUAGUUUGGAAAGCCGAAGAUGACGUGGAAGAGAAGAGCUAGAUUUUAGUCACUUUAAACUAUAAUACAUGGAAAAGUAGCCUAUUAGAAAAUUCCCUUGUAAUUUCAAUAUUCUUCUCUGAGUGGUUUCAUUUUGUUGGGUUCUCAUAUAAAUAACUGUUCAUCUUGCCAAGGUCUCUUCUCCUCUAGUUUUGUGGUGUUGCAGUGGUAGUCUUGAAGAUGACUGCAAAUUCUUUGCAAAUCUAUACUUGGAUGUAGUCAAAUGCUUGUUUUGAGGCUGUCUGUGCUCACUUUGGGCUUGAUAAAAGCUUUUACUACAACGAUAUACAGUGAGUAAAUUAAGAGUGCACUGAACCUUAAAAAUUAACUAUUUGAGUUUUGGGUGUACUCUGUAUUAUUCAUCUUAUAUGAAGUGUAGGCUUCCCUCGUGUAGUCUUGGUACCUGCAGAGUAUCAAAAAUUCAUUCACCUAUCCAGCUAGGGGAAAGCUUUCAGUCACUGCAACGCAGGAACUUGUAUCAGUUCCAUAAUUUUUGUAAAGUGAAUAAAUUGAUGUAUUUAUGUAUUUCUGAAGUUUGUUGGUUA